AUCGCAUCACAAUUUAACCAGCACCAAGACUUCCCAGAAGACAGCCACCUUUGAACGCGGCGUAUCUCGGAGUACACGUGCUUCGAGCGUGGCAGAUGGUUGCGAAAACAUAGCGAGUGUCGCCAAGAUGGUGGAGCUACGAGGAACGAGAUCGUCGACGCGCAUCAAAGCAGAGUCUGGGGUGAAGAGAAGACUCUCCGACGCCUUGGAAGCAGAAACGGCAGCGAAGACUGCAAAGGCCACGAAAACUUCCAAGACAACGAAGUCGGCGCCUAAGAAUGCACCUCCGCCACGAAAACCAUCGCCGGAACCGUCGCCGGAACCGCCUCUUGUGCUGCCAAACAAGCUGACGGAGAGCACGCCGCUUCCAAUACUGCCGGCACCGCAACCGGAAGAUCUCGACGAGAAGGAAUGGCAGUCUCUAGGCGACAGUGGUGUCUUUGCUGCAUCGCUGGCACGUUCACGGGCUUCGAUUGUGAAGGGGGCUCUGUUCGAGAAGUUCUGGACCAAGCCCACCGCAACGAAGAAGCAGAAGGACAUGACUGAGGAAGAGAAGCAACAGCUCAAAGCUGCAAAGGGUCCUACGCAGAGCAAGGUCGGACCGGUGAAGAUGGUGUGCGAGCCGUUGACUUUUGAGGUUCAGCUGCUCAUGAUCAAAGAUCAACACCAAGGGCAUAAGCAAGGCCAGCUACCUCCGGACAAAAUGCAUCUGAUAUAUGGGACACCGCAUCGCAAUACUCCUGCAUAUACUGCUCCGUACAGACCGCCAGCAGCGCACCAGCAGCCCAUAUAUACGUCUCCAAGGCCUGCGCAUAUUUCGCCAAGUCCUGGACACCCACGACCGCAGGGAAUUCCAGCACAGCCAACCGCAAGGCCGCCUCCGCCUCCUCCGCCUACACAGGCGCGACAGCAGCCGACAGCGUCGACGCCGACAGCAAAGCCUUCGCCUGCUCCACCACGGUCCUCAGGAUCUGGUGGUAAUUCUCAAGCACCAGAUCCGGUCAUCCACGCGCUCGCGCAGCGAGCAAGUGCGAAUCCAGAGCUCAAGGCUGUGAUGAAGAUUGUUGCUACAGGAUUGGCGUCACAGCAGCAGCUCCAGUACUUUCAGAAGCAUAUCGAUGAGCUAACGGAGCUUGUCCGGCAGCGUCAAGAGCAGGAGGCACGUUCGAGAGGGCCUGCAGCAGUUCAAACUCAUGCACCCGCUCCGAAGCUUCCAACGACAACACAACCUAGGUCGGCACCAUCUACACCAGCGUCAUCACAGCCUGCCAAUCGAACGGUUCCAACACCGAAUCCAACCCAAAACCAAUCCAAAGCACCGGCGCCAGCGCUGACGACGUCAUCGGCAACAUCACCAGCAGCGACACCUCCAAUCAGACCUCCAACGGCGGCUGCACCGGCAUCAGCACCGGCACCUGCACCGGCACCUACACAUGCGCCGGCGUCAGCGACAACCUCAAUCAUAGCACCAACACAUGCACCGCCCUCGACAUCGUCAAACUCUUUGACAACUGCACCCCCAACAAUGACUCCGAUGAUUCCUGCAACAACCUCAACAUCGAAGCCAUCACCAUCACCAGCGCCAACCCCCACAUCGUCUACAACACCAGCGUCGAUACCGGCACCUCAAACGGUAUCUCAAACAGGACCUCCACCGACGUCAGCACCAAUGCCGACGAGAUCGCCAGCGCCAGCGCCAGCGCCAGCUCCUAACACGUCCACUGCAUCAACGACAGCACCGAUACAACCUCCAGCUCCAGCUUCGGCUCCGGUGCCAACACGAGCACCAGCCCCAAUUCCAGCGCAUGCUCCUUCAUCAGCACCGAGUCAACGUCCAGGUCAGAUGAUGCCAACCCAAUCGCCUUCACAGGGCAUCAUGUCAACAGCACCAUCCGCCCAGGCACCGCGACAUACGGUGACGCACCAUCACCAGCAGUACCCCGUGCAGCAGUAUCGUUACCAGCCGACUCCACCCCCUGCCCCCCGUCCUAAAAUGGUGACCACAGCAACCCCUCUGCACAUACUCAUCCAGUUUUCCGAGAACCCGAAUGAGCGGUUCCUCUUUCCCAAGAACAGCAUCCUCGAGUACAACGCGACGCUGACCGAAGUCACCGUUUCGUUCGUUGUUGUUAAAAAAGGCCAGGGCAAGAAAAAUCCCGACAGCAGGGCGCAGAAAGGCGAGGAAGAGACGGAAAAAGAGUAUUGGACGCCCGUUACGUUGACCUUCAAAGGCGACGCUCCGACAUUGAGCGUGCUGGGCAGGGUGGCAGAACCGUUUGAGGUGGCGCGGAGGGCAAUCGAGGAUGUCAUGAUCAGGUGUGAAAGAGCGGACGAAGGCUUCCUUGCGUUCAGAUUACCGAAGGAGCCAAAGGUCAUAGAGGCGGGUUGAGCGAAGCAAGCUACUGUGGGACGAUGAACGGCGUACAAAGGACCGACACGAGGCGCAUGAAUUCGCACCUCGACUCCUGCGUGGGCGAGGAGAACAUGGCUCUAUGUGCUUGACGUCCCGUCGCGAUAUCCAUUAGGUCACGUGAUGCAUACAUGUACAUGAGCGGAAGCAGUGACGCGACGCGAACCAGAUGCGUUAUGCGUAAUACAUGCCUUUACUUAGCUCCCAGUGUCUUCUCGCACAAAACCGUCAUCCAAGCUCAGGUUCCGGUAAACCAUCGGCGGCGCCACAGCUGAUCCGCGUCAACGACCAUGUCGCUCGCAUGACGCGGUGGCGCGAGCUGUCAGCACACUGUUCCUGAACAAGCAGGUCCUCAACACCUGCGUCGCCUAUCCAUCCGCCGCUCCCGCUCUCCACACCAUGCGAUUGCCUUGACAUCGUCCUUGCAAUCGGUCCUUGGCACCUCUCGCGAAGCUCGUACAAGCUCUUCUUGCCACUAUCUCGAUUGGCGGCCUUACUCCAUUCGACGUCGAAUGUCCAGUGGGACGGUUACAUUGCGUGGGAGCUUGCCCCCGGUGUCGUGUGGUUGGAGAGCUUGCGGAGAAGAGCAAGGAAAGAUGGUUCGUGUUCAAAGCGACGAUAGCGUCCCGCUGCCGGCGAUGGUGUCCUCUGAGGCCCCGGGACGCAAUGCGAUCGCGUGUGUACCUACGAAAAUGCAGUUUAAAGAAUCAGCUUGCCCUGCC